AUGGAGAAAGCCUCGACUGUCGCAGCCCACAUCGCCUCGCUCUCGGCCGACGCCUCGCUGGCCCGCGCAUCGCUCCGUGCGUUGGCCACUGCGCUGCUGCCGCCCACCGGUGAGCGCGCGGCGCUGCUUGACGAGCACGCCUUCGACCUCCUCGAGCCGCUGCUCUCGCUCGCAGCGAGCGCCACGCCACGGCCGGCGGCGCGAGAGGCGCACGCGCUGCUCGCCGGCCUAGCGACGGUGGUCGGCCCGCGCGAGGGCGUCGUCAUGCUGCUCGGCGUGCUCUCCGCCGGCGCUCCGCCUCGCUCCCAGCUUCUCGUCGUGGCCAUGCUGGCGGCCGUGCUGCCUCGCGUCAGGCGGCGGCGGCACGAGAUGCUGUCCUCGACGCUGGAGGCGCUGAGCGCCCGAUACCUGGCGCGGGGAGCCUGGCCGGCAGCGGACUGGGACGCGGCGGCGGAGGAGGAGACUGCGGCGGCGGAGGAGGCGGCGGCGGAGGAGGCUGCGGCGGCCGAGGCAGAGGCAACGACGGCGGUGGAGGAGGCUGCGGCGGCGGCAGCGGGGGCAGGGGCGGAGCGUGAAAAGGAGGCGGUGGGGGCGGCGGAGAGGGAGGAGGUGGAGGCUGCGGUGGCAGGAGAGGCGCUGGAGGCGGCCACACGGAGCGACUCGGGCAGCGGCGCAGCUCUGCUUGCGCUGCUCGCCCGCUGCGCCGCGUCAGUGAUUCCAGAUGGGAUUCCGGAUGGGGCGGGUCAGAGCACAAGCGACGAGCGCACGGCCGACGCCGCGCCGACGCACGCCGUGCUCGAGACCUUCCUCGAGGCGCUGGUCGGUCUGUGUCGCGUCGCGCGCGUCGUCGGCCUCGGACACGGCUCCUCGCGCCUGCGCUCGUGCGGCCGCGAGCUGCUAUGGCGAGGCAUGGAGGAGGCGGAGGGCGAGGCGGCCGCGGCGAACGUCUGGUCGGCGGAGAAGGUCUCGGAGGCGGGGGCGGAGAAGGCGGAGGCGGAGAAGGUCUCGGAGGCGGGGGCGGAGAAGGCGGAGAGGGGGGAGGCGGAGGCGGGAGAGGCGGGAGAGGCGGGAGAGGCCAGAGCGACGGCGGCCGGAGAUGCGAGGCGUGGGGCGGCAGCUGGGCCGGGGGGCGACGCGGCCCUCGACGAGAGUCUGGACGCCAUCCUUGGCGCACUCAACUUGGCGCGCCUCCUCGUCGCCUCGGCACUGGCGGCACGUCGCGGCGGAGGAGGGGGCGGUUCGCCCGGCCUCGAGCUGGCGGCGGCGGCGGCGCUGCGGCGCGAGACCUUGAAGCCGCUGGAGGCGAAAAUGCGGCACGAGAUGGAUGCGGCGUGGGCGGCGGCGCGCGAGGAAGAGAGGCGUGGCGAGGGCGGCGGGGUGGCGGCAAGCGGCGGCGACGCCGCCGUCGCCUUCACGCACCUGCAGGUGGCGCUGGGCGUGCUCGAGCGAUUGUCCCAGCUCGUCGCCGAGCUGGAGAGGGAGGUCGGUGAUGUCUCGACGGUGUGA